AUGGCGAUGUUGUUAAUGAAUUUCAAAAGAGCUGUUAUUGGCUCAGAUGCUGUCCCUGUGAAGGAGGUCUUUCCUCCUGAGCCUGGGACCUCCUCUGAUGCUUCUUUCCCUGAAGCGGUAAUUGUGGAUGAGCUUUCUCAGGUGCAGCGAGAUAUUCAGGAGCUUUCCAAGUCUUGCUUGAUUGAGGAAAUUAAAUGGGUGGAUCUUUGGGUUCGCAUUCCUCGCUUUCCUACUGAGUUACUGAAUUUUGAAUCUCUUGCUAAUUUGUUUGCUGCUAAUAAUGUGGGGGUGCUUAUUAAGCUCGAUUCUAAUUCUCUUUUAAGAAACAAAAUUCGUUUUGCUCGUGCUUGUAUUCGGGUAGAUAUCUCUGCCCCUCUUCUUGAGUAUGCUGAGUUGGUUCGUGCUGGUGGUCGUGUGUGUGGUUAUGUCAUUUGGUAUGAGGAUUUCAGUUCUGGUUGUUCCUUUUGUGGUUGUGAGGACCAUACUAUUGAUACUUGUCCCUUAUUGCAUGCUCCUAAGAAGGAGGUCACUGUCUCUCUCUUAAAAAGCCCUAAACAAAAGCACUUGGCUGAGCUUCUCUCGCUGGCUACUAGGCAUGAACAGCUUGCUACCAGGGCUGUGGAAGCCAAUGUGGUACAAGCGAAGCCUAAGUCAGUUUUUAGAAAUGCUGGGAAUAAGAAUGCUUUUACUAAAUCUGCUGUGCAUCUAUCUAAGUCUGCGUCUGUUGUGGGUAAACGUAAAGAUCAUGGUAUUGUCAUUCGUGAGCCUUCCCAGUUUAUCCCUAAGCCUGCUACUGUCCCUCAGUAUGGGCAAGGUAAAGGUAAGGCAGUAAUGUGUGUUAUUCCCCCUGGUUGUGAAUGCGUGAGUGACUCUGAUGAUGAUUCUGCUAGUAAUGCUGCCCCCCUCCAGUUGCCCUCUUCUACUUGCUUUCAGGCUGCUAUGCUUGAUUUCUCUCACUGUGAGAAUGGUGAGGGAGCAAGGUCUUCUUUUGCUCCACCCCUGGCUGGUGAGAAUUUCGGUGGGAUUUCUGUGUAUGGUUCUGGUGUUGAGAAUGAUACUUUGAUUCUUGCUGAUGAUGAAAAAUCUGUUAGUGAUGUUCAGCCAAUGCUUGAAACCUCGUUUCAAUCUAUCGAUUCAGAGAGCUCCAUUGUUAAGCACAUUCAUGCCAUGGGUGUUGAGCAGGAGAUUUCUAAGGCUCCCUCUUCUCUAUCUAGUGCUGCCAAGCGAAGAAAGGGUAACAAUGAGGACGAUUCAGCUUCUUCAGAUCUGAAGAGGUCCAAGCCACAACUUCGAAGGGUUGAUGACCAGCUUAAUCAAAUCCAAGCUCAACUUCUUGAGUUGCCAUUGAGUCCUGUUUUAGCAUGUCAACAGGAUCGUCUGUUACAGAAAAGAGAUAAAUUGCUUUCUUUUAGUCAUGACUAUUGGAAACAAAAGAGCAAGGUAAACUAUCUUCAUUUGGGGGAUGCUAAUACUAGUUACUACCAUACUCAUGCGUCGAUUCGUAGAAGUAGAAACCAAAUAAAAAGUUUUAAAACGGCGGUAGAUCGUGUAAUUUCUGCUCCAGCUGAGAUUUCCAAAGCAAUUUCGCAGGAAUUUGAGCAACGGUUUGUCUCUAACCCUGAUUGUGGCUUUGAUGAGGAGGUGGACUUCCAGCUUCUUUCUCCAAUUAUUUCUGAUGAUGAUAAUUUGGAGCUUGUAGCUGAAGUCUCAGCUGAGGAGAUUAAGUCAGCAGUUUUUGAUCUUGCUCCGGAUAAAUCGCCUGGUCCUGAUGGCUAUCCUCCCUUUUUCUUUCAAAAAUAUUGGACGUUAGUUGGUAACUCUGUUAUUCGAGCUGUGCGCGCUUUCUUCCACUCUGGCCACAUUCUGAAGGAAAUUAACCAUACUUUUCUUGCUCUCAUCCCAAAAAUUGAAAAUCCUUCUUCUGCGAAUCAUUUUAGACCAAUUAGUCUUUGCUCCACUAUCUAUAAAGUCAUUUCCAAAGUAUUGACUAAUCGCCUUAAAACGGUGUUGGGUAAGAUUAUCCACCCUCUUCAGGGGGCCUUUGUUCCAGAACGUUUUAUUCAGGAUAAUAUUCUAAUAGCUCAUGAAGUUUUCCACUCCUUUCAAAGAAAAUCAGGUGUUUCGGGGUGGAUUGCAAUCAAGCUCGAUAUGGAAAAAGCGUACGAUCGGCUUGAGUGGAGGUAUAUAUUAACCUCGUUAAAGAAAUUAGGAUUUUGCUCAAAGUGGGUAGGAUGGAUUGAAAGUUGUAUUUCUACCCCGUCAUUUUCAGUGCUGGUCAAUGGCCUUCCGGGGGAAAGGUUCAGCCCAUCUAGAGGCAUUCGUCAAGGUGACCCCUUGUCUCCUUACCUUUUUAUUUUAUGUGCUGAGCUGCUUGCCAGACAACUUUCUGCAGCUAAUCUUCAUCGGGAUAAAUUAAUUGGUGUUUCAAUUGGAAAAUCGGGUGUGCGUAUCCCUUUUCUCACUUUUGCAGAUGAUACUAUGAUUUUUGCAAAAGCCUCGGACGCUAGUUGUAUAGUCAUAAAACAGAUUCUUGAUAAAUACUGCGCAAUGUCUGGUCAGUUGGUGAAUUUCCAUAAAUCUGCGUUUCAAUGUUCCCCAAAUGUUUCGCUAUUAGCUAAAGGCAACUUUGCGACGUUACUGGGAAUGUCAGAGGUUAGCACUUUGGGGGAGUAUUUGGGUUGCCCUAUUAUUGAUUCCCGUGUAACCAAGGAGACGUUUGGAGUGAUUUGCUCUAAGGUGGUGAAUCAGCUCCCGAAAUGGAAAGCUAACUCGCUUUCACAAGCCGGUAGAACAGUGCUGAUUCAGGCUAAUCUGGCAACUAAAGCCAAUUAUCAAAUGCAAAGUUUUUAUCUUCCGCAACCUGUGCUAUCGGGGUUAGAUAAAACCUACCGUAAUUUUUUCUGGAACAAAGACACCAUGAAUAAGACAGCUAACUUGAUUGGGUGGGACAGGAUCUGUCUUCCCAAGGAUUAUGGUGGUUUGGGCAUUCGUAAAGCGAAUGUUAAUAAUGUAGCUCUUCAGAUGAAACUCCUUUGGCAGCUUCUCAAAGCCCAUGACAAUCUGUGGGUUAGCUUGGUAAAAAGAAAAUAUUUCAAGUCUCAAGAUGUGCUAACUCACAGGGUGUCUCCUAUUGCUUCGUGGCAAUGGAGGAGACUUAUGUCUCUGCGGCCUUUGUUCAGGAAAGGGCUUCGCUGGCAACUAGGGAAUGGUAGAAGUGUUAGUUUUUGGUAUGAUAAUUGGGUGUUUCAGUACCCCAUUAGCCAAAUUGUUAGUCCCCCUCCUGGGAGUGAGGCUCUUUCAGUCUGUGAUGUUCUUUCUGUGACGGGGGGGUGGGAUAGAGCUAGGCUUGAUGUUUUGGUUCCAGCUCAUGUUGGGGAGAAGAUUUGUUCUAUUUUUCUUCCUUCUUCUCCUCAAGAGGACACCUUGUUUUGGGGGUUGACUGCAGAUGGCCAGUACUCAGUCAAAACGGGUGCCUUGCUUGCUCAGGGAGUUCUUAAUCCUAAUUUUGAGAAGGUUGAGUUCGGCUGGAUCUGGAAGCUUAAUGUAGCUCCUAAGAUAAAAUUAUUUCUUUGGAAAGCGUGCCAUGAUGGUUUGCCCUCUAAGGAUAGACUUGAGAAGUGUAAUGAGUGUUUGCAAGUGUCUGAGGGUUGGCCGGGAAUUCCGAAUUUGAUAAAUGUGUCGAUUUCUUCUUCCUUCAGGUACUGGUUUGAGGAGUGUCAUCUAGUUCUUGAUAAGGCGUCAGUUGAGAAAUUGGCCUGUGUUUGGUGGUUUAUUUGGUUUUGUCGAAACAAAGUAAUCUUUAAUGAGGAGGGUUUUUCGCCUAGGAAGGCUAGUUAUUUGAUUAGCCAUUUUUUUGCGCAAUGGGUUGGUGGUCCCGUAAAGCAAGUGGAUGAUUCUGGGGGGUGCUUGGUGAGACCUCCUUUGCAGAGUAAGGGUGUGAGGUCGGGUCCCCGAGUUAUUUGGAAUCCCCCUCCUGAGGGGUUCUGCAAGUUAAAUUUCGAUGGUUCUAAGCUGGGAAAUGGGGAUGCAGCCCUGGGUUUUGUUAUUCGCAAUACGGAGGGGGAGGUGUUGCUGGCUGGAGCUAAGUCGCUAGGGCAGUAUGUUUCCAUUGUUCAAGCAGAAGCUUGGGCUCUGCAUGCGGGCAUUAAAGGAGCCCUUUCGCUGAAUAUCCCUAAGUUGGUGGUGGAAGGUGAUAAUUUGGUAGUUAUUAACUCUAUGAGGCAUAUUUGGCGUGUUCCAUGGGAAAUAUCUAACAUUCUGGUUGAUGUAGGGUUGGAUGCUGCUCUAUUUUCGGAGUGUCGUUUCUGUCACUGCUUCCGUGAGGCAAACCGGGCGGCAGAUUUCAUGGCUAAAAAGGCGCAUUCUUACUCCUCGCUGUUAUAUUGGUUUCCCCCUUAUUGUCUGGAUUUUUCCCUUAUCAUCCGUAAGGAUGUUUUAGGUUGA